CUUGGCCCGCGUAGCCAUGCUGCAGCGCCGCGCAGGCGCCCCGGCGCCGGAAGGCCGCGGCGGCAGCGGCACCACACGGGCGCGGCGCCCGCGCGCGGCGGCGGCCCUGCGCGCAGGUAAACAAUGAAGGUUCUGUUAUUGAAGGAUCCCAAAGACAAAGAUUCAGGACCAGAUCCGUAUAUUAAAGAAUUAGGAUUAUAUGGAUUAGAAGCAACUUUGAUUCCAGUUUUAUCAUUUGAGUUCAUAUCACUUCAAAGCUUAUUUGAAAAGCUAUCUCAUCCAGAAUAUUAUGGAGGCCUAGUUUUUACCAGCCCAAGAGCAUUAGAAGCCGUCAAAAUAUGUUUGAAAGAGAACAGUAAAAACGAAGUCUGGUCCAAAUCUCUUAAACAAAGAUGGAACACCAAACCAGUAUAUGUGGUAGGAAAAGCUACAGCUUCUCUAGUGGAAGAAAUUGGCCUUGUUCCACAAGGAGAAAAGUCUGGAAAUGCUGAAAAGUUAGCUGAAUUUAUUUGCUCAAGAGAGAAACCUAAUUCAUCAUCUCUUCUUUUUCCUUGUGGAGCCCUCAAAAGAGAAGUACUUCCUACAGUACUAAAAGAAAAAGGUAUACCUCUGGAAAGUCUUACCGUUUAUCAAACUACCCAACACGCUGAUCUUCAAGAAUCGCUGAGCAGUUAUUUCUCACAACAGCUGUCUGUAUAUGGUGUAAUUGUGGUGAUACAACAGUUUCCUGCAUAGGCUGCUUGUUUUCUUUUCCUGCUGGCUACCAAGAAAAUCCUUUAGCAAAAGCUGCAGACAUACAUAGAGAAUGAGUCCCUCAAUUAUUUGUUAUGGCAGUUGUAAAAAAAGUCUAAAAUACAUGAUGUCUCUGUUUGAAGAAGACAAAACCUUUCACAUUUUAUUUAGCUUUCAGAAUACAUAUAUGUUUUAGAGUGAUUGGUAAAUCACUGCAUAAAUAAUUACAUAUUCAGUUUAUUCCUUUAAGUUGGACAAAACUGAAGGCUUGAAAAGACUGCUUUUUAGGUGAUACCAUGUUAGAAAAUACAUUUAAUAAGAAUAUUCAUUGAACAGUUUAAAUAAUUAUUACAAUUUACUAAUGUCACUGUAUUAUCACUGGACAUGUUUGCCAUAUCUUAUGAAUCAAAAUUCAGUAAUCAGCCCUACAUAGCUUCAGUUUUCCCUCUCUGAUUAUCCCAUUUAUGAACAUAGUAAUAAUCUCAUUUUAACUGUUAAAACUCCUGGGGACGUGCUGUUGACAGAUGUGUUGAGGUGUAUUUGCUAGAAUUGUUAUUCAUGUUUUUCUUUCUUUAAAACCAUCUGUUAAAUGUCAUUAAGCUGGGAUGAAGUGCACAGUAAAAGAUUUGGAGCUACUGAUAAUUGUGUUUUUUUGUUAAAGCUUACUGAAUUUUCCAUUUGUAGAAGCCUACAUUAUAUCUAGGAUUUAUUCAAAAUACAGCCUUUACUUCUUACAGACACUUGGCCUGCCUAAGCAUAUUACUUCUCUUUUUAAAAUCUGUGCAUUAACUUCUUGUUAAACUAAUUCUAAGUUUUCAAAUAGAUAACAGUAGAUGUAGUUUGAGCAGAGCUUACGUAUCUUCCUGGUCGCACACUCCUAUUCCUUCAAACAGACAGCCAUGAGAAGAAGGCAUGUGCUUUGAGUCUGCAGCAGAAGCCUGGACCUUCACUCCAGAUGGAAUUUUUCAGAAUUUUCUUUCUGGCUACAGAAUGUUUCUGCCUGCUUCAGGCUUAUUCUGAGAAAGCCAUCGCAGUGGGCUGCGGGUGUAAGGCAUCACCUUAUCUUUGCCAGAGCAUCUCAGGGUAGGCAGAACUUAGGGUAAAGCACAGAAGUUGGGAAACACAAGGAGUACGUCCAGAACUGAACUAGAUGGGAAUGGAUUUAGGAAAAUAACUUGUACAGGUUUCUUGCUAAACAGAAAAAUGAGGACAUCUCCAGACCACUUUCAGUACAUUUAUCACCAAAAUGUGCUUGUGCAACAAAGUAUUUGGUUAAAGGCACGCUUGAAUUUCAGCAUUCUGUGGUAGAGUGGGUGUUUGGCAGACCACCUGCACCACAGGAGACCCUUUUUGUUGGCUUAACAGCUGUUUCUCAACAGUCAAAAGCAUUGCAUUUCCAUAUAGAGACAGUUGAAGAGAUGUAUGUGAAAGUGUACUGAUACGUUGCUAGAAUUGAGACAAACCUAGUCCAACCUAU